AUGGUAGCCCAGCUGAUUCAGGAAAAACAUGACCUUGAACAGGGCGUCUUGGUCGAAGUGGAUGUGCAGGAAGCUCCAAUGAAAUUCGAAGUGUCGAUGUCGCCCUUCAGGUAUCUCAUCGUGGUUGUCGGAAACAACGGAGUUUUCGUCGGCUUCAAUGUUGAGGAAUUAUUGCAGAACAUCAAGACAUGCCAGUCGUAUAACUGUGGAGAUCAGUUAGUAGAUGCACCCGGCCUGUAUGUUCGGAGAUGCAUGACCUGCAACUCUGGGGUGGAAACAGCUUAUUACUCAGCCAAGUGUCGGCAUUACCUACCGCCAGUGUGCAUACACUGUGGAACUCCUGACAGUUUGUUCCGCAGUCUACGGACGUAUUCCAAUCUGUUUGUUCUCAACCUGACCAUAGCGGAUUUCAUCAUGGCAGUAGGAAACAUUCCAAUGUUAGUCAUAUCCAGUUUCUGGGGACACUGGGUGUUCGGCAUCGCAGGUUGCAGAGCAUAUGCAUUCAUUGGCUCUACGGCAAGUUUUGUUUCCAUCAACACGUUGGCGGUAAUUUCAGUGGACAGGUGCCGUGUAAUCGUAUGGACAAUACCGCGAAAUAACAGAAUGACUAGACGAACCUUCAUACUUAUCAUCGUCUCGAUAUGGACGUAUGCGAUACUGUGGGCUUCGGGACCGCUUUUUGGAUUCGGAAAGUACAUUCUGGAAGGGACGAACAAUUCGUGUACGUUUGAUUUUUUGACACGCAGCGGCGCAGUCCGCGGCCAUGUCGUUAGUAUAUUCACAGCACAUUUUAUCAUUCCAAUCGGCAUUGUUGCCGUUUCUUUUUUCUUGAUAUUCCGAGCUAUUUCGAAGUACAAACAUGAAUUGCGAGAAGCAACGAAGGUUUAUGGAGAAAUCGAGUUGCCACUGCAUAUGAGGAAAAACGACAUCUGGAAUUCUCAUGAGGCAAAAAUUUCUAAGGUUACAUUAACCGUAAUUUUAGUUUUCUGCGUGUCAUGGAUGCCUUACGCUAUAGUUGCAUUAAUAGGAGAAUUCGGCGACCAAUCAAAAUUAACGAGACUAGCAGCGGGAAUCCCGUGUCUUCUUGCUAAAUGUUCUACAAUUGUGAACCCUAUAGUCUACGUCUUACUCCAUCCAAAGUUUAGGUCUAGGAUAGUGAACUUCGGAGCCUGCGACAAAUCACUAGAAUUCAGGCGACAGGAACAAUAUAGACGAAUGACUGUUUCCUCUCGGACACCGCAAAGAACGUCAUCGGUCUGAGAUCAAAAUUUGUUCAAUAAAUGUAGAUCCUGAAAAGAGAAUUAUGAAAAAAUAUAAAAGGUAUAAGGUUAUAUUUUGUUCAUCAGAAACACUAAUGCAUGUAUUUUCAGCGAUGAUCAUGAAAAUUGUGUUGUUGAUAUAAUUGAUCGAAGUACAUGUUUAGUUAAAUGUAGUUGAUGUAUUUGAUCGAAGUACAUGUUGAGUUUAAUGUUGUCAAAAACAUCAAAUUUACAUAAUAAUGUAUAAAUACACAUUAUCAUUAUCAACUUCUGACACAUUUAUUAUAAAUAGUAAAGAGUUGUUUCAUAAUAAUGGUACGGAAUUUCUUAAAGACAUUUUCGAAGUGACAGAUGACAAUUCCUACGAGAU